AAACCCCAAAAUACCCUUCGUUUGCACUAAACCCUUCUCCUUUCCCUUCCAUAUUUAUAUCUCCAAACAAACAUUCCAAGAAAUCCGUAAUCAAGUCAAAGCUAACUCAACUGUUCACUAUGCAAAAGAGUCCUUCUGCUUCUUCCUUGGGUCCAGGUGGUCUAGACCUGGCUCAAGCCUUCUUCAAGCCCAUCCAAAACUCCGAUCCACAUUCCACCACCAACCGCCAUACCAAGAUCUCCGUCAUCGGAGUCGGAAACGUCGGUAUGGCAAUCGCGCAAACUAUUCUCACUCAGGACUUAGCCGAUGAACUUGCUCUUGUCGACGCCAAGGCUGACAAGCUCCGCGGCGAAAUGCUCGAUCUCCAACACGCCGCGGCGUUUCUCCCACGCACCAAAAUCAACGCGUCCGUUGAUUACUCCGUGACCGCUGGAUCUGAUCUGUGUAUUGUCACCGCUGGCGCCCGACAGAACCCUGGCGAAUCUAGGCUGAACCUGCUGCAGAGGAACGUUGCCUUGUUUUCGAACAUCAUACCUCCACUGGCAAAGUAUUCGCCGGAUUCGAUUCUAUUGAUUGUUUCGAAUCCGGUUGAUGUGCUAACUUACGUGUCUUGGAAACUGUCCGGAUUUCCGUCGAAUCGGGUCAUCGGUUCGGGUACCAACUUGGAUUCGUCGAGGUUUCGGUUCCUGAUCGCUGAUCAUUUGGACGUCAACGCUCAGGAUGUGCAGGCCUUCAUAGUUGGUGAGCACGGAGACAGCUCGGUAGCACUCUGGUCCAGCAUUAGCGUCGGCGGAGUGCCGGUGUUAAGCUUCCUGCAGAAUCAGCAAAUUGCCUACGAAAAGCAGACCCUUGAGAACAUUCACAAAGCUGUUGUGGACGGUGCAUAUGAGGUGAUUAAUCUGAAAGGGUACACUUCUUGGGCAAUAGGCUACUCGGUGGCUAACUUGGCUAGAAGUCUGCUCAGAGACCAGCGGAAAAUCCACCCAGUUUCAGUCCUUGCAAAGGGGUUUUACGGUAUCGACGGUGGUGAUGUUUUCUUGAGCUUGCCGGCACUGCUCGGUAGAGCUGGAGUCUUGGGCGUCACCAAUAUCCAUUUGACUGAUGAGGAGAUGCACAGGCUUAGGAAAUCGGCUGAGACCAUUCUUGAAGUUCAAAGUCAGUUGGGACUGUAAGAAACAAGUAUUUGUUCACUAGACUGUAGACAUUACGGUUGCUUUUGCAUCUUUUUCUUCUUUGGUAGACAUUACGUUUGCUGUUGCAUCUUUAAAAGGCCUUUUGU